UAAAAUUGAUAAACAUUUCCCCACCACCUCCCAUGGCGAUCCCUCCCCGGAUCACCGGCGGCCGCAGGCAGAGGCCGCUGCCGCUUCCCCUGAAGAAGUCCUUCCUCGCCGCCGUCACGGCCGCGGCGGCGCUCUCCGUCGUAUGCAUCCUCUCCUUCACCGACGCGCUGUCCUACCUGGGGUUCCAGCCCCGGGACGUCGACAAGAGGGACGGCAACCGCAGGUACCUCUACUGGGGCGGCCGUGUCGACUGCCCCGGCAAGCACUGCGGCUCCUGCGCCGGACUUGGGCACCAGGAGUCCAGCCUCCGCUGCGCCCUCGAGGAGGCCCUCUUCCUCGACAGGGUACUUGUCAUGCCUUCAAGGAUGUGCCUUAGUUCAGUGCACAAUACAAAGGGGAUCCUUCACCCAAGCAGUGCACCUUCAGAUCAAAGCAGAUGGGAAACGAGUUCUUGUGCAAUGGAAUCUUUAUAUGAUAUAGACCUCGUAUCAAGAACUGUACCUGUUAUUUUGGAUAAUCCACGAUCGUGGUAUGAGAUAGUAUCAAGAAGUACAAAACUAGGAGAGGAUGGCGUCGUGCAUGUGCAAGGAGUUAGCAGAGCUGAACUCAAAGAAAAUCCACAUUACUCAGGGGCUCUCCUCAUAAACCGCACGGCAAGUCCUCUUGCUUGGUUUAUGGAGUGCAAGGAUCGGACCAAGCGUAGCUCUGUGAUGUUACCAUACACUUUUCUGCCAACAAUGGCAACAAAAAAACUGAGGGAUGCAGCGAAUAAGAUGAAAGAGAUAUUUGGUGACUAUGACGCUAUUCAUGUGAGACGAGGUGACCUGCUGAAGAACAGGAAAGAUAGAUUUGGUGUAGAGCGGAGUCUUCAUCCUCAUCUGGACAGAGAUACCCGCCCUGAGUUUAUCAAAAGAAGAAUUGCAAGGUGGAUUCGACCAGGUCGCACUCUUUUCAUUGCUUCCAAUGAAAGGACCACAGGCUUCUUUUCACCUCUAUCAGACAAGUACAGGCUAGUAUAUUCAUCAAAUUUCAGCAGCAUAUUGGAGCCAAUAAUCGAGAACAACUAUCAGCUGUUCAUGGUGGAAAGGUUAAUCAUGCAAGGAGCGAGGACGUUCGUGAAGACAAUGAAAGAAUUUGAUAAUGAUCGUGCUCUCUGUGAUGAUCCUAAAAAGAAUACCAAAGUCUGGCAAGAACCAGUUUAUACAGAUGACUGACACCGGCUGUUAUGCAUUUAUAAUGCCGCUUGCAAUUGUUUCACUGAUCUUAAAGGUUUCACAAAGAUGACCUAGUACUUACCAUUUAUGAGAUGACAUAAUGGCUUCGCAUAGAUGCAUUAUAUAUUAUGGCAUGGCAGAGGGAGAACAGCGUUAUCUAUCUGAAGUCACACGUCAAGCGAAUCAACAAAAAGUAGCAGAAGCAUAACCAAGCCUGAAAUUAACUUAAGAUAUGGCCGCUCUUGUACACAUCGUGUUCUUUUAUUCAGCCGAGGUUCUCAAUGAAUUUGUUCCUUGAUUAUUUUUUUCAUUUUAUUUGGGGAGGAGAUUAUACAAUUUUGCUUUACAACACCUGCGGGCCAAACAUUUGUGCAUAUAUAGCAUGGAACUGCUGCUAGAGCUAUCAAGUAUCAACCGCCAGACACACUACUUCCUGCUGCAACUACUACUGUACUUGUGUUAA